AUGGCAUCACAUUCCUUGACAAACUGGAACAGUACCCUCUUUGACUGUUGUGAUGACAUAAGCUCUUGCUGCUAUGGUUUCUGGUGCUGCCCUUGCCUCGCCUGCACAGUUUCAGGAAAGUUUGGAGAGAACCGCUGUCUCCCAUUAUGUGACAUAUGCAGCCCCGCCAUAACAGCAUCCUUUGGAAUACCUCUGUGUGUUCCUCCCGCUGCCUUGGCUAUGAGGGUUGGCAUUCGACACAGAUAUGGUAUCAAGGGUUCUCUUUGUAAGGACAUUGCAACUUCCUGUUUCUGCUCCUGGUGCUCCUGGUGUCAGAUGCAUCGUGAGUUAAAACAUCGCAAGAAAACCCCCGUCGUUGUCAACAUGCAGCCUGCUCGAGGGGCGAAGGCUACUAGAAACCCACCUCCUGCUGGGGUUCAUUGUUCAAUGUCAAUGGCUAUAGUUCAACAACCAAUCGCAGAAAUACCCUUGACAGACUGGAACAGUGGCCUCUGUGACUGCUUUGAGGAUGCGAGUUCUUGCUGCUAUGGUUUCUGGUGCUGCCCUUGCCUCGCCUGCACAGUUUCAGGAAAGUUUGGAGAGAACCGCUGUCUCCCAUUAUGUGACAUAUGCAGCCCCGCCAUAACAGCAUCCUUUGGAAUACCUCUGUGUGUUCCUCCCGCUGCCUUGGCACUACGGACUGCCAUUCGAAACAGACACAGUAUCAAGGGUUCCAUCUGUAAGGACAUCGCAGCUUCCUGUUUCUGUGUGUGGUGCUCCUGGUGUCAGAUGCAUCGCGAGUUAAAAUAUCGCAAGAAAAACUGCACUGUCAUUGUCAACUUGCAGCCUGCUCCUGUGAUGAUGGCUGAGAGAAGCCGACCUCCUAUUGUGCUCGUGAACCAACCAGGAGCUAUCGUGACUACACACUGA